AUUUUCUCCAACCCCUCUGGUCUCUCUCUCUCUCUCUCUCUAAAACCACCAUCGUCCAUGGCGGAACGCCCCCAUCCCCACCAGCUCCAAGUCCACCCACACCACCAAGUCCACCCUCCGCACCGCUAUGACGCCAGCGACAAGACCUUCUUCCCGCGGAGAGGCCCGUCGGCCGGCGAGCUCCUGGUGGUGCUAGCCCUCCUCCCGGUGGGCGGCAGCCUCCUGGGACUGGCAGGGAUCACCCUGGUCGGCUCGCUCAUCGGGCUGGCCGUGGUAACUCCGCUCUUCGUCAUCUUCAGCCCGGUUCUGGUGCCGGCGGCCAUCGGAGUGUUUCUGGCGGUGGCGGGAGUGCUGACGUCCGGGGCAUUGGGGGUGACGGGGCUAUCAUCGCUGGCGUGGGUGGCGAAUUGCCUCCGGCAGGCGAGCGCGUCGAUGCCGCAGCAACUGGACGAGGCGAAGCGGCGGAUGCAGGACAUGGCGGUGCAUAUGGGGCAGAAGACGAAGGAGGCUGGGCAAGCUACUCAGAACAAGGUUCAGGAAGCUGCUAAGUAGAAAGAAAGAGCCAGAUUUGCAGUACACAGAGUGACAGAGAUUGUGAAGUCAAGUGAAUUACUACUAAUGUAAAUCUUUAAUUAAUUGCUUGCUUUGCAGUUUUGGUUUUCAGGGUUGUAAUUUGUCCGUGGCUUUCUUCCUUCUUUCUGUUUUUUGGAAACGAAGUGUCUUUCUCUGGUUUCCGUUUUGUUUAGUUUCAUUUCUCUGGUUGUAUAUAGGACGAUGGAUUUGCCUACAUGCAUUUGAUCUGUUUCUCUCA